CUUUUGAUUUUCUAAGGAGGGGAUAUCUUGCUGUUAAUGCUUUUUCUCAGCCAAGCAGAGCUUUAGCUUCAGAUUAAUUUUCUGACUUUUUUUAAUAUCUAAAAUUGUUUUUUGUUUUUUCGAUUUUUGACUUGUGUUGGAUAUUAGAAAUGCAUCGUUUUCUUUAUUAAUGAACUCCUAGAUAUGUCAAUCAUAGUGUUGCAUAUGUUGUUUUAUGGGUAAUAGAAUGAUGUAUAUGGUUCUCUGUAUUUGGCUUGUAUGUUAGCAUCAAAUUUAGAAAAACUCAUCUUUUAAAUGGUAAGUAGAAUUUUAGUCUAUUCUUGUAUCUGUUUUGGGAGCGAGGAGUAUGUAUACAUCAUCACUUUGUUCAUUGAAUUAGAAAAUGGAUUAAAUUGAAUUAGCAAGUGGAUGUACAUUUACUUUUGGGUGUUGUAUAUUUGAUGAUUAUUUUAUAUAGAUUCAGACUAUGAUUUACUUCAAACUUGAGACAUGUUUAGGAAUGCUGAAGAUAGAGUGGAAAUCAAUCACCACAUUUAAUCUUUAUGCUGUAUGUGAUCAUUUUGUUGGUAGCUGAGAAAGUUUUUAAGAUUAACAUAUUUUCUGGUAUAAUGCUUUUGGAAAGCCAACAAUGCCAAAGCUUCAUUAAAAUAAGCUAAAUAGUUUGCCAGUUGUUCAUCUUAGUUCAUUUUCUGACCUGGCUUUUUAGGAAGCAAGCAAUGUUAAAAUUAGUUUCAAAUAGCCCACAAAAUCUUAGCAGUUGUUUGAUGUGUUCUAUUAUUCGUGUGGCCUGAGGUAUCUUUUUGCUACCAAGGUUGCUAUAAUUUCAUCAAAAGGUCCUUCACACAUUAUUCUGUUCCCAUGUAUAGUUUAUAAACAGAGGGUUUUAUGCUGGCCUCAAAUGAACGUGUGGAUUCAUUCAUUUUUAUGUUUUGGUCAUUGAAUCAUUGGUGGGCUUCACACAGUUAAAACUUAAAACAUGGGAAUUCUUAGCCCUGUUUGUACAUUCUGUCAUGCUUUUCUCUUGCCCUUAUUGAAGCUGUUAUGGGAAAGGAGGCAUUCUGCACUUGUGCCUGCAAAUUACUUCCUUGUGGUUUAGGUGCCAUGCCAUUUAGUGGUAACCACUCUUUGAUGGAAUUGGAAUAAGAAAAAGGACAAAGUGUUAUCCUGAACUAUUUCUGAUUUAUUCAUAUUACAUACUUGGAUAAAUAAAAUUAUUUCACUUAACUUUUUUAUGCUUAUUUUACUUAAAUUUAAUCUUGACCUUCUAUUAUAAUUAUAUGCUCUCAUGAGUCUCAUCUCUAACAUGAUUCAUGCUUAUAAUUCAGAUGCUUUGAAUAAUAUGUAAAGGCUACUGUAUGAGCAUAUAAUGUGAUGUUGGUAUUGGACUUCUGGUAUCUGCAAUUCUUGUUCUGCUUAGUAGCUUCAUCAUUCGAUUAAAUAUAUUUAUUUGUGUGUAUGUAUUAGUUACUGAUUGAAUUGUUGAAGAAUAGUUUGAAUAAUAUACAAUAAAUUCAUCUUUUAAUUUUUUAAUAGUUACUAAUUGGACUGUUCAGGAAUAGUUGAAUAAUACACAAUGGCUGAUGGGUCUUCUUUUUCUUUUGAAUUUUCAUUUAGUUUAAGGAAUCAACGUGGUGAAUGAAAUCGAGUUGAUUUUGCUAAAAUGGGGAAGGGAAGGAAGGUGAAGGAAACUGCAAGUGAUGAUGAUUGUUGGUGGUGGUUGGUUCAGCAAGGAAAAGCAGCAAUAUUCAUCACUAUUGGGAUGUUUGCAUUGUUGGUCCGUGUGGCUGUGUCACUGCACCAUUACUCUGGUGCUGGUAACCCUCCAAAGUUUGGGGACUAUGAGGCACAGAGGCAUUGGAUGGAGAUCACCCUUAACCUUCCAAUUAAAGAAUGGUACAGGAACAGCUCAAGCAAUGAUUUGAGCUAUUGGGGACUUGACUACCCGCCUCUUACUGCUUACCAGAGCUACAUUCAUGGGCUUUUCCUCAGAUUCUUCCACCCUGAUUCUGUUUCCCUUUUCACUUCCAGAGGUCACGAGUCCUAUCUUGGAAAACUACUCAUGAGGUGGACAGUGUUAUCAUCUGAUGCCCUGAUAUUCUUUCCAGCUGUCCUGUACUUUGUUAUUGUUCAUUACAAUCAACCUUCGAGGAGCAAUAAAAGUGACUUAGCCUGGCACAUUGCCAUGCUUUUGCUAAAUCCAUGUUUGAUCUUAAUUGAUCAUGGUCAUUUUCAGUACAACUGCAUCAGCUUGGGCCUUACUGUUGGAGCUGUUGCUGCUAUCCUCUCUGGGAAAGAUCUUUUUGCUUCUGUUCUUUAUUGUCUAGCUCUAAAUCAUAAACAGAUGAGUGCAUAUUUUGCACCUGCUUUCUUCGGCCAUCUCUUGGGUAAAUGCCUGAGGCGUAAACAUCCAAUCCUUGAGGUGUCAAAACUGGGAUUUGUUGUUUUAGGAACCUUUGUGUCUGUGUGGUGGCCUUAUCUGCAUUCAACGCAUUCUAUUUUGGAGGUCCUCUCUCGUCUUGCUCCUUUUGAAAGGGGAAUAUUUGAGGAUUAUGUGGCCAACUUUUGGUGUGCCUCUUCUGUUCUUAUCAAGUGGAAAAGAUUGUUUACAACAGAGUCAUUGAAGCUUCUCAGCUUCAUUAUAACAGUUAUAACAUGUCUUCCUUCAAUGGUUCAACAAAUAAAGUCUCCUAGCAAUCGAGGUUUCCUAUAUGGGCUGCUGAAUAGUUCUUUCUCAUUUUACUUGUUUUCAUUUCAAGUGCAUGAGAAGUCUAUUUUGCUGCCACUUCUUCCAGCAACCCUGCUGGCUGUUGAAGAGCCUUUUAUUUUUAGGUGGUUCAUGCAAUUUGCCAUGCUCUCCAUGUUUCCUUUGAUAUGUCGCGACAACUUGGUUGUUCCAUAUUUGGCUUUACUUGCUUUCUUUAUCCUGAUACUCAAUGCCCCUGGUCAACACGGAAUUAGAGAGAGUAAUUAUUUUUAUAAGUAUUUGGGCUCAACAACUAUGCACCUUAUUUUAUUUUGCUCUUUUAUUCUUCAUGUAGUUUACUUGACCAUGCAUCCUCCUGAGAAGUAUCCUUUCCUUUUUGAAGCAGUAAUUAUGAAUCUAUGCUUCUCUCAGUUUGUGCUUGUAACUCUUGGCUGCAAUAUAAAGCAGUGGAUGUUAAAUAAACCCGUGAAAUUAGAAGAAAGAGAAAAGAAGCUCAUUUGACAUUGGUUUUACUUUUUAAGUUAGAUGGGUUGUUCAUGUUAGACAGUUGGCUGUGGAGGUGGCAUGUUUGAUGCAUUUCAACAAUGGUUUAUAGAAUGUGAGUUCAGAACUUGGCCUGCAUUGACC